AGUGAACGUUGACAGGGAAAUCUCUUCUGCGAAGCGGUGUAUAAUCCAUAAAUCGGAACUCUGAAAUAACAUUAUUUGCUUCUGAGCUAAAUAAAACAACUUUGCAGUUACAUCUUAGAGUGUCUUAGGAUGGGCUCUAGAGAUCUGAAACUCCUGGAUGUGUUUUCAUACGAAAGUCUCGUGCAUGCAGUCGCCGGAGCGAUGGGCAGUGUAACAGCAAUGACUGUUUUCUUUCCUCUUGACACAGCUCGGCUCAGGCUGCAAGUUGAUGACAAGCGGAAAGCCAAAUCUACCCCGGCCAUUCUGUCAGAGAUCAUCAAGGAGGAGGGUCUGUUAGCUCCAUACAGAGGCUGGUUUCCUGUGAUCUGCAGCCUUUGCUGCUCAAACUUCGUCUACUUUUAUUGUUUUCAUAGUCUGAAGGCCACCUGGCUGCAAGGUCAAAGGUCAACACCAGGAAGAGACCUCAUAUUUGGCAUUGCUGCAGGUGUAGUGAACGUUCUUGUGACCACUCCGCUCUGGGUGGUCAAUACCAGACUGAAACUGCAGGGGGCGAAAUUCAGAAAUGAAGACAUACAGCCCACGCACUACAGCGGAAUUAUUGAUGCGUUUGCACAGAUCGUGCAGCAGGAAGGAGUGGGUGCGUUAUGGAACGGGACGUUCCCCUCCCUGCUGCUGGUGCUCAAUCCCGCCGUGCAGUUCAUGAUCUACGAGGGUCUGAAGAGGCAGCUCACGAGGGGCGUCCACAGAGAGCUCUCCUCAGUGGAGGUGUUUCUUAUAGGAGCCAUUGCCAAGGCCGUAGCAACCACCAUAACCUACCCUCUACAGACAGUUCAGUCUGUCCUACGGUUUGGACAGCACGGGCAGCCCGCGGGUCAGUCCAAACUCCUGAGCAGCCUGAGAUCUGUCAUGCAUCUGCUGAUCAAUAGAGUCAGGAAGUGGGGCAUGCUGGGAUUGUUUAAAGGCCUGGAGGCGAAGCUGCUUCAGACGGUCCUCACCGCCGCACUGAUGUUCUUGCUGUACGAGAAGAUCGCCAGCGCAACCUUUAGGGUCAUGGGGGUCAGACGCACAGCGAUGGCCCACUGACCUCUCACGGGACGUUUAUUAGUACGAGUAUACACGAGUUAUGAAAAAUGGUCACGUGUUUUUAUUUUUUCUAAAUUAUUGCAAAAGACAGGAACAUUCAAAUGUUAUGACACACUUGACUUGAAAUAAAUAAAAUAUAAGUAAUAAGUACAAUAUAAAUAUCAGGGGAGAACAUGUAAACAAACAUUAGAAAACUAUUAAACACUAAUAUUAGAAUUAAGACUGAAAAUAUUAAACAGUGGCUAAUUUAAAAUAUUAUAACGCUUUAUUAGCAUGUACAUAAUACUACACUAACGCUGAUUCAUAGAUUUAUAAACUGGUUAUAAAAUGUCAAAAAUGUUUUGUGCUCCUUUUUAGUUUUUGUAUAAUUCUCAUGUCCGUUUGUGUUAUUAUUUUAUAGUUUAACGACAUUACUAUUAUUAUUGAGAAAAUGCUGAAGGAAAGAGUAAGUGUGUCAAACGUUUGAUUCAUGGAUUAAUAUAAAUAAUUAUCACAAAAAAAGGGUGUAUGCAGUACUUAUAUGAUAAAUGCAUUGUGUACCCUUUAAUGAAAAAAUGCCUUAAUAGGUCAAUACCUUGGUCAGUAUUUAAUGUAGUUUUUAAAGGAAUAUUUCAUUUAAAAUAUGAACUGAUUUGUUUUAUGAAUUUCAACAAGUCUGGACUGGUUUAUAUAGUGUCAAAACGAAAAUCAUGCACGUGUGAUGUAUCUGUUUUGCAAGAUCAUUGCUGUCAACCUGGUCUUAGAUCAGCCUUCCUGCAUUGAUUCAGUUUACAGACCGAAAACAGCUUCUAGACUAGUUUUUCUGGUUCUGUGUAAGUGAUACUUGACAGCACAAAGUCACUGACACCAUAAUUGACUUUUAUGCUUAAAAAUGUUUACAGUCUGGGCAUAAAAAUAACUUCAGUAACGGGUUGUAGAAUUAACCAGUUAGUGAAUCAGCUUCACAGGCAUCAUGACGUCUCAACUGUGAAGACACUGAGCUUGAGGCUCAAGUGCAUGCUUUAUGUACAGAAUCAUCAUGGAUGAAUCCGUACUGAUAUUUAGAUAGUAAAAUCAUUUCUCUCUCAGCACUGAUGGUCACACUGUACUAGAAUGCAUAUAGUUACAGUUGUGUAUGAAUGUAAAAUGUGGAUGUUUAUUUUUGAAUGUUAAUGAUUCUAUUAAACAUGAAAUUGAAAAUA